AUGGAUUCCCUUGGAAACCCUUUGAGUCAACGAACAAAUGAACUUGCCAACCAAAGACUACAAUUCUACCAGGGAUGCGCCACUAUUGAGCUUCGUAAUUUACAUUUUGACGCAAGUCCUGUGCUUGGUACUCGGCCUUUAGAUCAGGGCAACGUUAACAGACUUAUCGAUAUUUUCGAAAUCGAAGGGUGCGGUAAUCUUGAGCCGGAACACAAGAUCGCCGCGCUAAUUGACCAACAAAUCUUGCAUACUGCACUUUCGAAAUCAAACCUCCAACCGCACUCACUACUUGACCCGACGAAUCAGUCACCUCUUUCCUUUGAAGGUGAUAUUCAGCUACCUUGUAUCUAUGGAAGGCAUCGUAUCAAUGCCGCUGAUGAAUUCGGGGUAAAAUGUUGGCUGGUAGAUUUAUAUUUGAAUGUUAUGCCUUCGGACGUUCUUGUUCAACUUAGAGAAGAAUCAACAAAAAGCCUUGAGUUUACUGAUGGUGAAAUAUACCGCACUCUACGUUUAUACCAGCUUUCACAGAAUAGCGCCCAAGAAAGCAAGUGGUGGGGAAGGCUUGCCUCCAAAGGUCGGCGUGAAGAUAUUAAACGCCUACAACUGAACAAGCUUCUUCUCAUUAGUCUAGACAGACUUUUGCCCUUUGUCGGGCUAUGGAAGCCCUUGAAAUCGACCCAAAUUGAAAGACUACUUAGUUUGAAGUUCCCUGAGAUUCUUUCUCGGUACAUAAAUUUAAUCUACGAAAGAUGGUCCCGGAUCUUUCGGGGGCAAUAUGCUUCAUUAUUAGAUGCCGCUUCAGUCUGUUCACUAGAGGGUAUGAUGCCUGAGUCAUCUCUGAGUGACCGAGGACUUAUCACAGAGCUUAUGGAAACUGGUCAAAUCUUUACCCAUGUCACUAGGGCCGUUGAUAGACAGGCCAUUUUGGAAGGACUUCUUUCUACUCCUGGUAGAAUUCUGUCUCUUAAGACACUAACACAAGAUACUUUAUUUCUGGACGAGCCUGCCUGGGCUCUUCGUUCCUUAUUUCCGCGAUUUAAGGGUAUCAGCUUUCGAAAGGUUAUGCGUCGUCAAUGGAAAAUGGCCCCAAAUAGCCCGUUAGAGAUUCAAAAGUCCGAGCAUGAGUACAUAACCAUGCAACACACUGAGAAUUCCUUUCCAAUGUGCAUGAUGCAGCUUUGGCUCUUCGCCCUAAGGCACUUCACGUAUCGGCAGCCCCGAUCAAAGGUUGACCGGCGUUACUCCAUGGGGUCCAUUGAAGACUAUAGUCUUGCAAAUUUAGCUCUUUUAGCUGAACGUUUAGGCUUUCAGUCAGAUCAAAUUAGAAAUCUCCGAAACGGAAAUGCGAAAAGAACGAUUGAAAAGGAAUUCGUACAGUCUAUCUGCAGAGAGGAAUUCUAUAACGUUGAGGAUUCCAAACUGCUAUCAGUAUCAAAGCAGCUGAACGGCCUCAUACGUAUCCUUCAGCGAUACCCAGAGGGAGCCGUUCACGCCACUGAUUAUACGACUGAUGACCCCAAUCAAGAGGCCACGCAUAGAUUCAACAAACCAACAAGAGAUCAAUACGAACAACAACGGCGGUAUCUAUUCUUACACCAAAUCUUCGGUUCUGGUCAACCUGCCGCACAAUUUCCAACUCCCAUCGGCGUCACAAGAGAUAUUAUGUUUUCGUUUUUUGGAAAUGAGAUUGGCAACAUGCAAACUCAAGAGACUCCUAACAACCCAGAAAGAAUCCAAGAAUCUCCUAGUGAACCAUUGGCGCAGAAUGAACAGACCCCUAACGACCCAAAGGAACAAACUCAAGGAACUCCUAGUGAGCCAAUGGCGCAGAAUGAAGAGGCUGCCACCGAGCCAAUCGACAUUUGCCAAUCUAUUAUUGACCCUAAUAUCAUGGCUGGCACUUCACCUGUUAUCCAAUACGAACCAUCCAUGGAACCGGAUCCAUCUACUUCAAAUUUCCUCGCAGGGCAGGACUCGUAUAUAGGUAACACUUCUCCCGAUGCCGCAUCAAGUCAGUAUUCACAAGGUCCAGAUGAGGCCACAAUAACAUAUGAUAUAAGCGACCCUGUCGAUAUGGAGCCUCAUCCAACAGGGACGCCCGAUGCACCUUCACCCAAUGCUGGAGAUACUCAAGACCUAUCUCAUAGGGAAUCCAAUUGGGAUGGGAUGCUUGAGCCCCCACUUGCAGCAGGAUUUGAAGAUUUAAGUUGCAUUGCCCCAAUGGAAACCAGAACAUUCAUAGCAGGGCGCCGACGGGUUCAAGAUAUUCUCGCCACAUGGUUUCAGUCGCAGAAAGAGGUCAUUGUCAUUUUCGAGUUUGAAUUCCGAGCUUAUUAUAAGUACAUGCUAGGAGGGGGACUUGGCCUGCAAACUAAGUUGGCGGAUCUUUCAAGGGACUAUGUCUUCGCCAUCAUCGAUGACUUUGGAUUUGGGACGCCGGACAUCAAUAUGACCUAUGAGAAAGCAGUAGAAAAGCGGUUAUUACUAGCUACCCGAAGAGAUAAUCCAUUCUCAAGGAAAGGGAACGAAGGGUCAGAACUAAGAGUGUCGGUAGAAGAGAUAAAGGAAUAUGUUCAGACAUACGAUAUUCAUACUGGAAAGAGGAAAGCAUAUCAUCAAGGGCCAACUGGUAAGCGCAGUCGAAAAAGAAAGGAAGAGCACGGGGAGGAAUUCCAGGGAGAGGAGGAAGUAUAG